AGAGAUUUCGCUCUCGUGCUCUCUCUCGCUCUUCCUGACGUCCAUUGACUGCGUAUCUACCUAUUUGUUUUCACAGAGUUUUUGCUUGCAAGCUAAUUAUUCUGGAGAAAAAAGAAAUAUGGGUAGAAAGAGAGAUCAAUUUUGGGAUUAUGCUGAGCAACGUCUAGAUGGUCGUUUCAAAUGUAAUUUUUGUCAUGGUGAUUUUCCUGGAGGUGCAACAAGGAUUAAGGCACACUUGGCUGGAGUUUCAGGCCAUAACAUUGUGGCAUGUGUAGCCGUGUCUCAAGAAGUUCAAAAAGAAGCCCGGGCAACUCAAGAGACUAACAAAAAGCUUAAAUGUGCAUCAUCCUCAAGCAGUGCUAAGGAGAGUUCAGCUUCAUCUUCAUCAUCAAAUAUUAUGGAUAGAAUUGUCACACAGGGCAAGGAAGAAUAUAUAGUUGAAAUUUUCCUCGAUGAUAUUGUGGACAGACUAGUUGCCAAUGUAUUUUCACUUACAACUGAGCAUUCCAAGAACAAGGAGCUGAAAAAUCUUCUUUACACGUUAUGCAAGAUUCAUGUCAUGUUAUAUGAUGCUCAAAAAAGACAAGUAAGCGAUGAGUCUGUGAGGAUUUGGUUAACAGAGCUUAAAGAUGUAGUUUAUGAGGUUGAUAAUGUGCUAGAUGAGUUCAGCUACGACACUUUCCUGAAAUACCAAAUGAUGAAUCAGGUACCUAGUUUUUCAUUAUGCAAUUUUGAUGAAGUUAAGACCGUCAAACAUGCAUUGGAAAAUAUUUUGAAUAUAGUAGAUGGCUUGGGUCUUAAAAUUGAGAAUUCAAACCCCAAGAUUAGCCUAGACAAUAUAGACUCCUCCCUUGAUGAUUCAGAAGUUAUAGGAAGAGAAUACCGUGUCCUAAAAAGUUGGGAUUUACUGGAUGAUGAUGAUGAUGUCUUUCUAAAAUUAAAGUCAAGAUUUGAUGGUCUUACAAUAUCAUCUUUAAAAAGGUGUUUUGCAUAUUGUGCAAUCUUCCCUAAAGAUUAUGAAAUUAGAAAGGAUGAGCUAAUUCAGCAUUGGAUGGCUGAAGGGUUUCUUGAACCAUCUAAAGAAAGUAUGUUGAUGGAGGAUAUUGGUAACAAGUAUUUUAAGAUUUUAUUGGACAAAUCCUUUUUACAAAAUGGUAAAAGGGAUGAGUAUGGUAAUAUUAUCAGCUAUAGAAUGCAUGAUUCCGUACAUGAUUUUGUGCUAUUAAUUUCAAAAUCAAGAACUUCUGGUAUUUUCAGCCACGUACGAAGUUUAUUUGUUGGAUUUGAUGGCCAAACAACACCAAGAAUUUCAUUUAAAGGUGAUUGUUUCACAAAAUUAUGCACAUUAAAUUUAGAGAAUGCUGACUUUGGUGACAGAUUAUUAGUAAUAUUUAAAAGCUUACGUGUUUUAAAGUUAUAUGGAUAUAAGAAGAUAGAGCUGCCAGAAUCAAUUGAUGUGUUAAUACAUCUAAGGCUUCUUCACAUCACUGGAAUUAAUCAUUUACCAAAUUCAAUCACUAAGCUUUACAAUUUGCAAACUUUAAGAAUCGAAGGGUUUCUCAUGGAACUUCCAAAAGACCUAAGCAAUUUGAUUAACUUGAGACAUAUUUGUGUUGAUGAAAUUAAGAAAGCACCUAAAAAUCUAGGGCGGUUGACUUGCCUUCAAACAUUGCCAAUAUUUGUUGUGGGUCAAGAUGAAGGUUAUCGGAUUAAGGAAUUGGGAGCUUUAAAGAAUCUCAGGGGAGAAAUAAAAAUAAGUAAUCUAGAGAAGGUGGAAGAUGAGGAAGAAGCCAAAAGUGCAAAAUUAAAAGAAAAGGAAAUGUUCAAGUUGGGAUUACACUGGACAUCAUCAAUAAGAGCAGCGGACAGCUAUGAUAAAGAUGAAAAGGUGUUGGAAGGCCUCCAGCCUCACCCAAAUUUGAAAAGCUUAACAAUAGAAAGGUAUGAAGGAAAGAAAUUCCCAUCAUGGUGGGCUGGUUUGUCGCUAUAUCAAAAUUUGAUUGAGAUCUAUUUGAAUGGGUGUACGGAAUGUGAAGAAGUUCCCACCUUGGGACAUUUACCCUGUCUUAGGGUUCUUGAAAUAAUAGGAAUGGAGAAGGUAAGAAGUAUAGGAAGCGAGUUUUACAGCUACAGUGAUGGGAGUUACAGAAAUACUACUACAUUAUUUCCAGCAUUGAGAAUACUCAAAUUGGUGGAGAUGAUUUCCUUAGAAGAGUGGAAGGAUGCAGGUGAGGUGUUGGUGUUUCCAUGCCUUGAGGAGUUGACCAUAAGUUAUUGUAAUGAACUGAGAGAUUUUCCAGACUCACUGCACACCUGCGUGUCCCUUCAGAAGUUGGUAGUAAAGGAAUGUCCUGAGCUGAGGUAUUGGCCAGGUGUCCAGUGUGUUGGUUCUACUUCCAUUCAAUACUCCCACCCCUCUCUCCAAAAGCUCAAAUUGUGUGAGUCAGCCCACUCUCUCCUGGGCCAAAUUCAAUACUUCAUUAACCUUAAAAUUCUGUGGAUACAACGAUUUUUUGAAAUAGAAGCUUUGCCAGAGUGUUUGGGUUGCCUUUUCUCUCUUCAAAAGCUGUAUAUUGUGGAUUGCAAUCACUUGGUGCAUCUGCCCACCGAGGAAGCCAUGCGAUGCCUCACCCAAUUGAAAAUGCUGAUCAUUUAUGAUUGCCCCAAUUUGGAAGACAAUGAACGGUCCAAGAUUGACCACAUUCCAUUUGUUGACAUCCAGGAUAGUGGGUGGCCAGAUUGCUCUGAUUUCGAAGACUAACUCAGGAAUCUGGCAAGAAGUUUGCAUCUGGGAACUGUUGCCUCAGAAGACUGGCAAUUUUCUUCAAAAGCAGUACUAUGACUGCAGAACUGAUCCAUCUGCUUCUACAAAUUGCCUCACCCCAUUUUGGGACCUGCAAAUUUUUCAUUUUCCCUAAAAGGAAGGAUGUGCUGAAGGAAUGGCCCCUGGAGGUCCAAGAGUGUCCGUUACAAAUAGAUAGCUGGAUCAUUCAACUGGUAGCAUCUGAAAUUUAUGUGAUGCCAUAGAAAGCCAAUAGUAUGUCCGUAUUUAAUGGAAUUCCUACUUUUUCUUUUCUCCAACUAUUAUUUUUAUUUAUUUUUAAUUAUUAUAGCAUCAAAUACCAUUUCUUCAUAAUUUUCUCAUUUUCUUCAACUUAUUCACAAAAUGUCCUUUGCUGUGACUCUUUUAAUUGCUGACAUGGAUAUAAUGAAGUAAU